AUGGCGUGUAGCACAUACCGCUACCAGAGCAAGACGCUCGAGGUUAUGAUGGACGAGGCCAAAGCCGACAUCAUCGUCGGCCCACGUCUACGCACCGUCAACUGGGAGAAGCCCACUAUGACGAUUCCUCGCACACCUCUUAGAAGACGCACAGAUGGAGCCUACGUGGAAGCGACUCGAGAAAUGGUGCUUGACGCCAUCACUCGCGGACUGUCUACUACUAGCAAGAUACAGGGGCUGGUGGAGGGGAAGAGCCGGGAGUAUGGUCAAGGCCGAUCGGCACCAUGUCAAUAUGGCGAAAAGGCGAGAGUUGAAAGUCAAGAAUUGUUGGAUACGUGUAGCAUCUAUUGUUGUGGCAGUUGA